AUGAUUAUCCGAAAUAUCCUGAUAAUCAUUGAUGGUCCCUUAUUGCCGACGAUCAUUCUCCUGCAAGCAAUUCAGAGAUAUGUGGUGUUGUUCAUGAGCGACGAUUAUCAUCGUUAUGUGACAGGAAAACCGCUGAAAGUCUACCUGUUCGCGUCGAUCGUCCUCUCGAUGAUCUACGUGCUCUCGACGCACAUGGACCAUCCGAAGCUAGAGAGUCUCACUGCCGAAAUGUGCCAAGUGAAAUUGGUGCUCGGCAUCGCCGUCUCAUCCAAGUACCGAAUGUCGACGGGCGUUUCGAUUCAAGUGCACUUCCGACUAUUCAUCAUAAUUUAUCAUGUGCUCAUCGGCGAAUUGAGAUUCUUUCUUUUCGACAUCGACGCGAUCUGCAACUAUCAGAACGAGAUGAUCUUCUUCCCGUUGGGCUACAUAUUCGGCAACGUCGAUCGCCUCAAACGAAUCCGCGCCAUUUUUGUGGCGACGCGUGUGAGCAGCGAUGAUUCGCAGUUCGCCGAAACGUCGCUGCACACGUGA